UUCCCCUCCAGGUCGACGACUCCCUACCAGAUUCUCAUACAUAUAAAGGGGGAUCGAGAGUCUCUUCGUCACAGCAUAACAGUCCAUACACCUUUAGCGAGUACUGGAAAUCCAGCAGCGCACAAUUUCAAGAAAAAUCAUGAAGACCUUCAUUAUCCUUUCGGCGAUAGUUGCCCUCUCGCAGGUCGAGGCCCUCGUGCAACCAUAUUACACUUAUGGUGGUUAUUAUGGAGGACCGCUCGACACUCCCGAAGUUGCGAACGCAAAGGCCGCACAUUUAGCGACUCACGCCUAUGAAGCAGCAAGAAAUACUCUCGGUUACGCUUAUCCUUACCAAUAUCAUCCAAUUGCCUACGCAGCGCCUCUCUACGCCUAUCACAGUUAUGCCCUUGGUGCUCCACUCGGACCCGAUGGACGUGUCGUUGAUACUCCCGAGGUUGCCCAAGCAAAAGCCGCUCAUUUCGCCGAACACGCCAAGGAAGCCGCAAAAACGACAGGACGUCCCUAUGGAGCCCUUGCAUUGACAUACGCUUAUGGUUAUCCUCACACAGCACCAAUUGGUCUUGACGGAAACGUAGUUGACACCCCCGAGGUCGCCAUCGCCAAAGCCGCACAUUUUGCUGCACACGCAGAAGCUGCCAAAAGUCAAUGAGAAAUAUUCUCCCGCAAUAAUCUAGACCUUUAAAAAAAUAGCCCGAUCGACUGAAACUAAUUUCUUCUUGAAUUUCUUUUCAACAGUAAAUUUUUGACAAAGCGAGACAAUUCUCUCCGACAAUAGUUUUUAAAGAGAAAAAUUCCCAAACGAGAAUUUCAAUUUUUAUCGAAACAAAGUUCCUGUAAGAAUUAAAUAUCAAAUUUAGAUGAAUGGUUUUUUCUGAAUAAAAAAAAAAACAUCUUUUGUACAAAUUCAAUGUAAUCACAUUUUUUAUAUAUGAAAAAGAAUAUAAAACAUUUAGUAUCAUUUAAACUGUGUCGUAAUUGAAAAUUACGGCUGUAAUGACAAUGCCAUAAUAAUGUAUAAUGUGUGUUUUUUUUUACAGUAAUGAUAAAUAAAUGAUUAUUACAUUAAAUAACUAA